AUGUGCUUUAGUUGCAGCAGAAAGGAAAUGUGUCAUCUGUGGUUUGGUUUUAAAAGUGGAAAGCUAGCUGUACAUAUCCUUUUUUUUUUUCACUGCAGAUUUACUUUAAGGUUCAUAUUCUCCAAGUCUAUUCUGCUUUAAAUUACUUGGAAGCUGUGCUUCACGACAAGAAAAGAAGUGGCUUAUUAAAAUCAGGUUAUAACCAAAUUUUGACCAAGAAUUUGUAAGAUUACCAGUAUACUCAUGGACAUGGAACACGCAGGACAUUACCUGCAUCUUGCCUUUGUGAUGACAACAGCUUUUUCUUUGUGUCCUGGAACAAAAGCAAACUAUACCCACCUGUGGGCUAACAGUACUACUGUCUGGGAUCCAGAUAUUCAAAAUAAGACGGGCAGAAGCCAAAAUGAAAACAUGAACACAAACCCUACAACUUCUGCAGUAGAUAAAAAGAGUAAUUCUACAAACAUGACUGAAAUCGCCACGUCAUCUCCUGUCCUAUCUCUAACUCCUAAAUCAGAACUGGAGAUUUAUAUACCUUCUGUUGUCAGGAACAGCUCUCCAACAGUACCGGGCAUCAAAAACACAAGCAAAAGUCCCCAUGACAUUUUCAAAAAAGGGGUCUGUGAGGAAAACAACAACAAAAUGGCUAUGCUAAUUUGCUUAAUUAUAAUUGCAGUGCUUUUUCUUAUCUGCACCCUCCUAUUUCUUUCGACUGUAGUUCUGGCAAACAAAGUCUCAUCCCUCAGACGAUCAAAACAAGUAGGCAAGCGUCAGCCGAGAACCAACGGCGAUUUUCUGGCAAGCAGUGGUCUAUGGCCUGCUGAAUCAGACACUUGGAAAAGAGCACAACAGCUCACAGGGCCCAACCUAAUGAUGCAAUCUACUGGAACUCUCACAGCUACAAGGGACAGAAAAGAUGAAGGAGGAACUGAAAAACUCACUAACUAACAGAAGCUUUAGUGAAGACAAAUGCAAAGUAGCAAUGAGAACGCUUAUGAAGUAAAAAUGAAAUCCGUUUGGUAUUUAAUGCCACAAGUUGGUCUAAGAUCUGUUGACAUGGCAGCCUUGCAAUUUAGAAUCGAGCAGGCGAGAAGGGAAGAAGUCAGUUCACCUUCUCAAAUACUUAAACUGUGCACUUUCAUUCUGACACUGAAUAUUUUAAGAAGCAAAUAAUAAAACACCCAAGAACGUGGAGAAGGUUUUAAAGAUGAGUUGAAGGAACUAAUUAAUGGAGGUAGAAAGGAACAAUUAAAUAUUUCCUGUUCAGCAGCAGUAGUUAGAUGAUCUUUGUCUGAAUGUAAUUAAACUUUGAAGAGUUUUAAUGUGUCCUUAGAGGCAAGUAUAUGCUUCAACAUCUAACAGAAGCCAAAUUCCUAAUGCACAGAGUUGAACUGUAGUUUAACGGUGCCUCUGCUGAAUGAGACGGAAUCUGUCCCAGCUCGUAUAUCAACACAGCUAAUUUUAUGCUAAAUGUUUUCAUCUUUAAGUACGGCACACAUAAGAAAGUGUUUUUCUACUACAAAUAUUUAAUUAAAACUUUUAAUUUUGUAUCAUAAGUUAAGACUCAUUAGAAUAAAACUGACUACAUAUA